AGGCAAAUAAGUAUAACAAAAUAAACUUCAUAAUUUGCAAAGAUCUGUUUUCAAUGUAUAGUUGCAUUGUCCAGUUAUAUGUGUGCAUAUCUGGACUUAUUCGAAUACAUUAACUUGUAUUAAAGGAAACCAUCAAAGUAUAAUCUCGUAUAAACGAAAAUAUAUACAAACACAAAUAGUGUUCAGCAAUUUCUUUUGCAUAAUUUUAACCAGGUCUCAAUGUAUAACACACUCAAUGUGAUUGCAAAUGGUGUCGUCUUGUACAAAACUGCAGGUAACGUAGUGAUCUAUCUUUGGCCAUUAGCAUAUUAAAUAGGCUUUGCGAUAUGUAAAUGAAUUGUACAUAUUGCACGCAUUUGUUGACGAUCCAGGUACUAUAUAAAAGAAAAUCCAAAUGUAAAGUGUGUUUAGUACUGUAUCCAAUUCCAUAUCAUGAAUCGAAAUAAUUUCUAUUUUUUCGUUAGCUGGCUUAUUUUGUUACUAGUUGUACAAUUAACUUUUGCAAAACCAAACACUUCAGGAAAAGUCAACAUAGAAGAUUUUGAAAAUUACUUAAAUGAAAUCCAUGUUGAUGACGAAGCGGCCGAAGAUAAGACCCGUAACGCGGUGAAUUCGCCGUUACAACGCUGGCCAAGCAAUUUGCUACACUACACAAUCUCCACAGAUUACAGCAAGGAGGAAGUUGAUAAUGUCCACGCAGCCUUACUGGUAUUUAAUGAAAGUACAUGUCUAAGAUUUAGAGAGUAUGAUGUUCGUCAAAAUGGAAAUUUAAAGUACAUUAAUUAUAAAAAAUCUUCGGACUUGUGUGGUACAAGAGUUGGUUUUAACCCCCUAACUCCAACGGGACCUCACGACGUGAUCCUAAAUCCCUACUGUUUAAGUGAACGUGGUGUUAUACAACAUGAAACCUUGCAUGCUCUUGGACUCUACCACGAACAGAGUCGUCCAGAUCGCAAUAAAUACGUAAAAAUUGAAUAUUCCAAUAUUCCUCAAAAGUAUUGGUCACAAUUUAUCGCCUACCCCGAAAUAUACACUACUACUUACAAUGUAUUGUACGACUAUGAAAGUCUGAUGCAUUACUCGGAGUUUGCUUUCUCAAAGGACCGUACGAAACCAUCAAUGCGUGCAAGAAGUGGCAAUACAGUAAUAGAUCGUAAAAUGGGGCAAAUAGUGGGUCCCUCAGAAGGGGAUUUGAAAAAAAUUAAUAUCAUGUACAAAUGUAACCCAUUAAAGUAAGGAAAUGGCGCAUUUGUGAAAUGCCGAAUUCAAAAGUAAAAACUUUUGUUUUGUAAAAGCUGUAAGUAUACAUACAUACAUAUGUACAUACGUAUGUAUAUGAAUACAAGUUUUUUCAGGAGCAAGAAAACCCGUCUUAGUAAUGCAGAAAAUAGUAAUUGAUUUGGCUUUUAAUUUUUGGUGUUCGAAUCUUGCAAGUGUCUAAUAUAUAAAUAUAUACAUAUAUUGUUACAUACAUGUAUACAUAAUAAAAAAUUAAAUUGCUCAGUUAUGUAAAAUCAUCUUGCAUUCAAAACGCAAUAUACAUACAUACAUAUGUGGAAACACAAAGA